AUGCUGGAGACACAUUGGAAGGUCAUGGAUAUGACGUUUCGGUCGCAAGGGGAUGCAUACAUAUUCAACAAGAAUCAUGCCAGAGAGCACGGGUUUGGCAUCAAGAAACAGAAGGUGAAACGAGGUGCUGCAGGAAUGAUACGGUACCGGCGGUUUCUUUGCUCCAGAGCAGGGAGAAGGCAGAGCAAGUUCAUAACCAUGGAGGGCCGCAAGCGCAGGCUUAGACCGGAGACUCGUUGCGACUGCGGUGCACAUAUGGUGGUGAAGCUGGACAGAGAACGUGGAGUUUGGUUCGUCGCGUCAUUCGUGGAUGAUCACAACCACGCGAUGGCUCGGCCGGACAAGGUUUGUUUUUUGUGGUCACACGGACGGAUUGGAGAUGGCAAGAGGGCCGAGAUAUUGGCGAUGGAAGCGGCCGGGAUAAGAAAGCAUAUAAUAAUGGAAAACUUCAUCAGCAGAUACGGUUCAUACGAUAAGUGCGGGCUUAUCAGGAGGGACAUUUACAAUCUUUGUUGCAGAGAAAAAAUGAAGCUCAUUGCAAAAGGUGAUGCAGAGACGGCAGUUGGCAUUAUGAGGAGCAGGAAGGAGAAGGACCCUGAGUUUUUUCUUUGA